GUGUCAAAAGGGAGCGAGGUGUCACUGUGGGAACUCUGUCUCUCGUUUUCUCUCUCGUGCUAUCACUUUCCCGUUUCUCUUCCUCCCUGCUCUCUAUCUGUCUCGUUUCCUCUCUCUUAUCUCUCUCUUUCUCCACCCGUCCCUCUUUCUCUCUUACGUUUUCUGUCUCUCCCACUCUUCUUACUUACUCCCACUCCACUUCUCCCCACUCGCCUUCUCAGCCUCGGUCACUGACGGGUGUCUCCGGUAUUAGCGGGCGGUGGUUGGUGUCCUGAGCGAGCGCAAGGAGUUCUAGGCGGUGACGGUUGUUGCCGGUGCGGGCGAUGGAAGGGCAGGGCAGCCGCUGUAAGAUCGUGGUGGUGGGCGACACUCAGUGUGGCAAAACGGCGCUGCUGCACGUGUUCGCCAAAGACAGCUACCCUGAGAGCUACGUGCCCACAGUGUUCGAGAACUACACUGCAAGCUUUGAGAUUGACAAACAUCGGAUUGAACUGAAUAUGUGGGACACGUCAGGCUCUUCUUACUAUGAUAACGUGCGGCCGCUGGCGUAUCCAGACUCAGAUGCUGUCCUCAUCUGUUUUGACAUCAGCAGGCCUGAAACUCUGGACAGCGUCCCAAAGAAGUGGCAGGCUGAGGCUCAGGAGUACUGUCCUAAUGCUAAGCUGGUGCUGGUGGGCUGUAAGCUCGAUAUGAGGACGGACGUCAGCACCUUACGAGAACUGUCCAAACAGCGCCUCAUACCCGUUACACACGAGCAGGGCAGUCUGCAGGCACGGGAGCUGGGUGCAGUAGCAUAUGUGGAGUGUUCAUCACGCAUGUGCGUGAACAGUGUGCGGGACGUCUUUCACAUCACCACACUCGCCUCCGUCAGACGGCCUGCCCCUGGACUCAAACGCAGCUCCUCCCGCCGAGCCCUCAAACGCAUAUCCCACCAGCCCCUGCUGCCAAUCAACUCUCGAGCCACGCCCCUUGAACCCUCUCCCACUCUCAGGAAAGACAGAGCCAAGAGCUGCAUUGUCAUGUAGAAAAUAAUCCAACAAACACAUUCAGCUGUGUUCCGAUCUGAUCUGCGUAAAGUGGGUUUCUCACAGCUGCUGUGUAUUUAUGAGACUUUCACGGUCGUAUAUCAUGUCAGAUUACGGCCCAUUAAAACUGUACAGAUGCGUGAACAUGUUCCACAGAGGACUAUUUAUUGACCCUUACAUUGUUGUUGUUGCUGUUAGAAUUUUGAUGCCGCUAAGUAAACAAACAGAGAAUGAACAUGGAAAACAACAUGCAUGGGAUUUUAUCUGUGAGAGCAGAUUAUCUUGUAAUUUUAAUUGUUAGCACUUUACCGUAGGGCAGUGUUCAUCAGGCUACAUGACACCAGGCAUAAAGUAAGUAACAGUAAGAAAGUAAUAUUUAUUUUUAUUAUUAAUUUAAAACACCUUACAGUGCACUGAUGCUUUACAGAAUUAAGAUAUUAAAAUUUACACAUGAAGAAGCAAACAAGUCAAAAAGAAAAGCAAGAUUAAGACCAAAGAACAUGUAAAAAAGAACAUCAAGACAAAAAAAAUACCAAAGAAAAGAAGAACAAAACAAAAACACUACCCAACAUUCACAUUUAAUACACUCAGCUACGUCAAAGGCCAAACAACAUUCAAUCAUAUGCAAAAAUUUGGGUGCCGGGUCAAAUACCAUGCUUUGUUGAUGUUAACACAUCCUCUAUAGUGAACAAACUUCAGCACAUUUGGAGUUGGCCUAUUAAGUGCCUUACAUAAACAUUUAUAAAGGCUUAUUCCUAUUGGUGUUGUCUGUCACAAAGGCUGCUUCUGUCAACAUUGAUGUCAACAUUUAUGUCAUGUAAUUAAUUUUCCAAAAAAUUGGCCCGUCAUGCCAAUUUUUUGGGGGAAAUGUCGUAGCUUUUGGUUAUGCUGGGUUAGCUUUAGCUCACUAAAUCUCUGACUCUGAAACUGUUUUGUGUGGGCGGGGCAAGAGAUGACAACCUUCUGAUUGGUAAGGGGAAAGCUUAUGGAAGCAUUACCCAAGAUUAGGACUGUCCAGUUUACAUUGCGAGGGAAGAAGUAUGUUAAUUUAUUGGUCACUGGAACAUUAUUCAAAUGAUAUUAGUACAUUUUUAUUUGUCUGCAAGAACAAGAUUAAACUAAUUACAAAGAAUAUACAGAUCUACACAGAUCUUUAAACCUUAUAAAUGGUAAAAUGAAAAUUACCUAACGGCCAAAGAUAUGCUUAAUUUUGUUCAACCAGCCUGAUUUGGCAAGCUGUGUCAUAGUAUCAGCAAUAAGUCACUGUGACACUGAAGUACAAAGUCUAUGCCAUUUCAACCCAGAACAUGUCAAGACACGAUCUAGUGCCAGAGAAAAAUCAAUGUCAACUUGCCAUCAAGGGUGGCAGAUGUGAGCUUUAUGACAAAUGAUGCCUAGUGGAAUACAUGUUUAUAAAUGUUCAUGUAGGUUUAUGUCAUGAAGGGUUUAUGUGAGCAUAGCCUUAUGAACACUGCCCUACAGUAAAGUGUUACCUUUUAAUUCAUAUUUCUUUGUACUUUGCAGACUCUUCUGCUAGAGUGUCCACCUCAGAUGUUCCACUGCCACCGCAGAGAGUUAAAUUCAGAUAGGCUUGCGUCUCCAGAGCCCUCAGUAACUUUUUUAUUCACUUCAGUGACUCUAAUGGGAAUUGGCAGUCAUGGGUGAUAGUGCUCCACUUACAUGGAAUUAUGCACUCUGGAAACGACACUGGGUCGGAAUGCCAAAAAGGUCAUAUUUUUUCACUGCUUCACAUCAUAUCGCAUAGGAACCAGUGUAGAACUGGCUGACACAGUCAGAUAGAGGCAGAAUCACAUGUCUGUACUGAUAACAGCUGAUGCCUGGAGAAGCGCAUAAGCCUAAACAUGGUGUGAGUUGGGAUUUAGUAAGGUAUUGACUCGUUUCACACUCUAGGCAGGUGAAAAAAGCACAUCAAGCUAUACAGUUGGCUGUUAUUAUUCAGCAUUCACACUGUUCAGCAAUCUCUCCUGGAGGAAAAGAGGGAUCACAUCAGGGUUGGCAUUAUCCAUGUAUUCCUGUUCAAAAUAAAAUUUCAAUCAAGAGAAUCUCA